AUGGACGACUCGGAAGAGGAUACCUUAGCUAUCGAGAACCUCGAGAUCGCUUCCUUCGUUCCGCGGACUCUUCUAAACAAAAUGAAACAACUCCGCCCCAACAACUCAAACCCCGAUGUCCCGUUCCGGGUGGUCAUUUCGGUGUACUUCAACGAUCGCUUCUUCCAAGAGUCUUUGGGGGAGAACAGUCGCGGAACUAACGGUAAGAUCGUUAGCGUUACCGUGCCCGGGUACGGAUCCGAACUGCCCGAACGAUUGCCGGUGUUUGUCCGCGAAGUGGAUCCCGCUCGGAACAGUUCGUGCGAGUUUUGGAAGUUUCUGCGAAACGACGGUGACGAUACGAGUCGGUGGUCUCCGAUUGGGUGCGAAUCGUCCGGAAAGUGGAACAACGUGAAUCUGUGCAAGUGUUCCCACAUGACGAGCUUCUCGCGGAUCUUUCUGGACGCUGUUGGCGCUGAAAAGCUGACGGAAGAGCAUCCGAACGCUGAACUGAUUCUGGAUACGAUCACGCUGGUUGGCUGCUUGUUGUCCUUGUUUGGAAUUGUGGGGAUCUUCAUAACCGCGAUCGUGUUCCCGCGAUGGAACGACCUGUUCAACACCAAGAUUCUGCUGAACCUGUCCUUUGCGGUCGCUAUCGAGUUGAUCGUUUUUACGUUCAUCGGAUACUUCAGUAGACCCGACGAUGACAUGUGGUGUGCCGUACAGGGUGCCUCCAUUCACUACACCAUCCUGGUGACCUUUAUGUGGAUGCUGGUGAUCGCGCACUUGCAGUUCAUGCAGUUUGUCAAAGUACUCGGCAAGCUGAGGCCAACGCACUGUGUCCUGAAGGCAACGAUCGUGAGCUGGGUUCUUCCGUUGGCUCCGGUAGGCUUCUUCUUCUUCCAAAACAAUGAUCUUUACCUUCCAAAAAAGAAUUACACUUCGGACAUUUGCUUCCCACACGAUCAAGCCCAAUUCUACGGUCUCCUUAUACCGAUCGCACUGAUCCUCACCGUCAACCUGGCUUGCUUCCUUCUGAUCAUGUACCACGUGUCCCGAGCCCCGGACAACCUGACACGAUCAACCAACAAAAACAUGGCCCUGCUUCAACUUCGCCUGCUGGUGCUGCUGUUCUUCCAGCUCGGACUAUCCUGGAUGUUCGGCAUGAUGAUCACCGAAAACGCACACCUCGUCUGGUCCUACUUGUUCUGCUUCACCGCUCCCUACCAAGGACUAAUGCUCUUCGUCAACUUUAUCCUGCUCCAACCCUCCACCCGAAGACUCUGGUCGAAAAAGAUCGCCGAAGUGGUCACCCAAAACUACGACAGAUUCGCCCUCAAGAAGUCCACGUCCUCUUCCCAACCACCAAUGUGGCUGUAA